GGAAAUAAACCUGACAAACAACGCGCCAAGGAUUGGGAAAAAACACGAAAAUCAAGUAAUAUAAGCGGUGGUUCCUCGAUUCAUAUCCACAACAUCCACAAUUCGACAUUAUCAGGGAACUCUCUUACCGUUGCUGGGAACACUUCAACUACUAAAGCUACUACUGAAGCUACUACUAAACGCAAGCGAGAGGGCCUUAGAGAGAGGAAGGUGGUAUCUUAUGCCGAAAGCUCAACAGAUACAGAUACAAGUUUCGAUACAAAUUGUGAGGAGUCCAGGAGUGUUAAAAGACAAUCAAACCGAUUUGAUAUUAAAGAGUCCACCACUGAUAAUGACGAAGUAGAAAGUGAUCAUGAUUUUUCGUAUUUUGAGCUUGCCUACCGAGCUCUUGAUCCCUCAAAAAUGUGGGUUCUCAAGUCAUCUGGGCGUGUUGUUGAAAAAGUUAUAUACGAUCACGCACGAGAAUUAGAAUACGAUUCUUACUUACACUCUUUUAUUAUAAACGAUGCUGAUAGGGAGGCAAAAAAACUGUUUAACAAAAAUGAGUGGAACGAAAUAUUUUCCUCUAAUCCAAAACAUGUACCAAAAAUCGGCGAAAACAUUGUGAAUCUCUUGAAAAAAUACAAUGUAGACAAUUUACCUACCCUUCAAAAAGUUAUUUUUGAGCCCCUUUUUUCUGAUAAUGCUCCCUAUUCAACAGAUUUGGAUUAUAUUAACCUUGCGUAUAGGUCAAUGGAUAAG